AAAAGCUUUAAUGUGUUUUAUAGUACCAUAUAUAUAUAUUUCAAUCCAUUUAUCAAAUUCUCUAACCACAACACAGUUUUAAUAACCUGCGGAUUAUCUUCGGAGAUCUUCUUCAUCCAUGGCUGAUGGCACCAAGCUUCAUAUAGCCAUGUUCCCAUGGCUAGCCUUCGGUCACAUGAUCCCAUACCUAGAACUCGCCAAGCUCAUAGCCCUAAAGGGUCACAAAAUCUCCUUCAUAUCCACCCCAAGAAAUGUCGACCGUCUCCCGAAACUCCCUCCAACUGUAGCAUCUUCAAUACAAUUUGUAAAACUCCCUCUGCCUCACGUCGAAAAUCCUCCUGAGAACGCUGAGGCCACCAUUGAUCUUCCUUACGAAAAGGUCCCUUACUUGAAAAUAGCCUUCGAUGGUCUUCAGGAUUCCUUGGCAAAGUUUCUUGAAACAUCAUCCGCAGAUUGGCUACUUUUCGAUUUUGCUCCGCACUGGCUACCUCCUUUAGCCCAUAACGUCGGCAUCCCUAAUGCAUUGUUUAGCAUAUUCAAUGCGGUAAGUCUAACACAAGUUAAGCCUUCUUCUCCUUUAAUUGAUAUUCAAGAUGAUCGUAAGAAACCCGAGGAUUUCACCAAGCCACCCAAAUGGGUUCCUUUUCCAUCCUCCGCAGCAUUUCGGCUUUUCGAGAUAUCGAGAAUCUUCGAUUCUAUAGCGGGAGAGGGUUCCCACACCUCAGAUCUCUACCGUUUUGAGGAAGCGAUUGAACGCUGCGAUGCAAUAGCUGUAAGAAGCUGUUGGGAGUUUGAGCCUGAGUACUUGAAUCUUUUAAAGGAACUUCACCAGAAACCUGUUAUUCCAGUUGGUCUGCUUCCACCGACUGCUUAUAAUAAUGGAAACCAUGACGAUGAAGCCUGGAAACCAAUAAAAGAAUGGCUAGACAAGCAACAACCAGGGAGUGUGGUUUAUGUAGCAUUUGGCAGCGAGGCAAAACCAAGUCAAGAAGAGGUGACCGAGAUAGCUCUGGGAUUAGAGUUAUCAGGGUUACCUUUCUUUUGGGUGCUAAUGCCUCGACAAGGGGGGUCAGACACUGAGUCCAUUGAGUUACCAGAUGGGUUCGAGGAGCGAACCGUAGGGCGUGGUGUGGUUUGCACGAGCUGGGCUCCUCAACCGCAGAUUGUAGCUCAUGACUCGGUCGGUGGAUUCUUGAGUCACGCUGGGUGGAGCUCCGUUGUGGAGGCAAUUGAGUCGGAGAGAGUUCUUAUACUGUUGACGUUCUUGGCUGAUCAAGGGUUAAAUGCUAGAGUUUUGGAAGAGAAAAAAAUGGGCUAUGUAAUACCGAGGAAUGAAGAUGAUGGAGCGUUCACUAGAGACUCGGUGGCUGAGUCACUUAGAUUGGUGAUGGUGGAGGAAGAGGGUAAAAUUUACAGGGCCAAAGCCAAGGAGAUGAAGGAGAUAUUUGGGGACUGGGAGAAACAAGAUUGCUACAUUGAUCAAUUACUGAGUUUCCUUAUCACCAAUAAGAAUCGAAUCAAAGGCAGUAGAAUGGAAGAAUAAGCAGCUCUGGGUCCUCUGAGCUUGUUUGAAAAUAAUUCCCUAUUUGAUGCGUAAUAUAGGAAGAAAAACAACAAAUUCCCUCUAGCAUGCGCACUACCGAGAAUUCCAUAUCUAGAAAUGAGGAAGCUCGGUUUUACUGACUCUGUUGAUAGAAUUACAAUGUUGUCUGCUUUGUGGUAAUUCAGGAUUGAUUUUAGUGAUUACUCUGAGGUGUGCUUCUGUCUUCGCAAAAUUACUUUGCAGAGUUUGUUACGAGAUCCAACGGUGGUAAUUCUGGGUUUACACCAAUUAUUAAUCAUUUGCCAAAAUUGGAAAAAUUCUUUCAAACGCUAUAGAUCAACCUCAAACCCUUUCAAAAGAAUUA